UUUUGUUAUAACCUCAUAGGUUUCAGUCAAACUUUGACGUCGAAUUAAUUUUCUGAUCUUUUUCUAUUUUGUCCUAUUUUUCUCCUAUAAUGCCUCCAAAGGAAAAGAAAACAAAGUUGGAGAGGAAAUUGGAAAAGCAGAAACGAAACCAAGAAAAGAAACGAGUACUUCUCUUCGAUCAUUUGGAGAGAGAAGUAAAAUAUGGAUUAUUGACCAGAAAGAAACAUGAGAGAAGCUGGAAACAAUUUGUCGCCAAAAUUGGCUUAGAGAGGAUAAGGGAAGAUUUGGAUUACACAUGGCAAAUUUUCGAGUGGACGCUAGAUAUAAAAGAUUGUACCAUUUCUGGGUUGAUGGAUGAAUUGAAUUUUUCUAAUGAGCAAUACACGAUGACUUUACGGAAUCAUAAUAUGGUCAUACGACAAUUACUGAAACAAAUGGACCAAGAACUGCAAAAACAGAAUGAGGAUUAUUUGAAAUCACUACAAGAGAUGAAGAAUUACUACCAAGAAAAAAAUAAGGAAUUCAUAGAAAGAUGCGAAGAGAUGAAAAUUACUAUAAAGACUUUACUGUAUCGCAUGGAAGUAGACAGUGAUAAUAUUUGUAGAGAGAGAAUGACACGUUAUUUUUGUGUAUUGGAAUCGUACAAUGCUGCUGAAAAUCAACGUGAGAGCGUCGAAGUUAUUUUCUCCAAAAAAAUGUCCAGAAUAUAUAAUCAAUCUAAGCAAAUUUAUAACGAAAACCUCUCUAGGAACGAAUUCUUUGCGAAAAUAGCACACAAAGAAAUUAUGGCUUUGGAACAAUCUAAAACGAUAAUAAGAAUCAAUUUGAAGAAGAUAGUAUACCUCAUCGAUGUUAUAAAAAAAUUGCAAGCGAAGUUAUAUUUCUUGUUCAAUACGGACGGUGAGCGUUUGAGACAGUUACAGGAAAAUCACGAAGAAUUCACUACAUAUUUAUUCAUUCUGAAGGAAAAACUUUUCAAAGAUAAUACACUAGAUACAGAGCGUAAGAAAUUACUCGUUUACAGGGUGCAGAACGCUUUAGAUUAUUUGAGGAGCAUCUGUAGAAAAGGGGAACUACUUAUGAAAUUCAUGAGUGUGAACAGAAGGUAUGAAACUGUCGAGGAGAAGGUUUUAUGCUAUCCCAUCAACCAGGAAUAUUCCUUGAAAGUUUCCUCUUCAAAAGUGCAUCAUGAAGCCAAUAUGUUAGGAGAAAAGUUGUUCCUGUUUCAUCAGAAAAUGGCUAAAGCAGAUGCUUCAAGGUGUGGAUAUUUUCUCAAACAGAGUUGCCCUCAUGGAAGAAAAAAAAAUUCUUGAGUUAGAACGCAUGCAGAUCAGAAAGAAAAUACAGGAUUUCUGUAUGUGUUGUGACUGUGAAAGCAAAUAUCCCACCCUAAAACGCGAAAAAAAUGAACGACCUUUAGGUUUUUGGGAAAGAACCGAACUAUCAACAUUUUUGAAGUGGAGAUAUCAAGUUAAAAAAGAUGAAGAGAUAAAGGUACAAGUACACGAGAUCCGAAAAAGAAUAUUCGGUGCAGAUAAAGGAAGAAGACAAGAUGAUAUGGGAGGUUUGGAAUUAGAGUGACUUAUAGGGCUUCGUAAUAAGAAAUCAGUAAUAUUUAUAUGUUUUCAGUAUGUUUCAACAUUAUUCUUAUGAAUAUUUCAAUGUAUGUAUUAAUGGUCAACAGUUGUAAUCAGCAUUUAUAUCUAAUUUUUUGUAAGUAUAAUUAUUUAGCUUUUUACUUUCCAAAUAAUACAUAUAUUUUUACUCA